UUUCUCUCUUGCAUAUACUUUCUAGCCUCUCCAUUCAAUCCUUUGCACUUUGUUUUUCAGGGUCAUUCUGUUUUAUGUUUUCUGAAGAUGGGGCAGCAAACUUUGAUUUACAGUUUUGUAGCCCGUGGCACUGUGAUCCUUGCUGAGUAUACUGAAUUUAAGGGAAAUUUUCAAACAAUUGCAUCUCAGUGCCUUCAAAAGCUUCCUUCCUCCAAUAAUCGUUUCACCUACAAUUGUGAUGGCCACACUUUCAAUUACCUUGCUGACAAUGGCUUCACCUAUUGUGUGGUCGCAAUUGAAUCUGCUGGUAGACAACUUCCUAUUGCUUUCCUUGAGCGUGUCAAGGAUGAAUUCAGCAAAAAAUAUAGUGGAGGAAAAGCAUCAACUGCUUCAGCUAACAGUCUAAAUAGAGAAUUUGGGCCAAAAUUGAAACAACAAAUGCAAUAUUGUGUUGACCAUCCUGAAGAGAUCAACAAACUUGCCAAAGUAAAGGCUCAAGUUGCUGAAGUUAAGGGCGUAAUGAUGGAAAACAUUGAAAAGGUUCUUGAUCGUGGAGAGAAGAUUGAAAUGCUAGUCGAUAAGACUGACAAUCUUCGCUCACAGGCACAAGAUUUCAGAACACAAGGAACAAAAAUGAAAAAGAAGAUGUGGAUUGAAAAUAUGAAGAUCAAAUUGAUUGUUUUUGGAAUCGCCUUAUUGUUGGUUUUCAUCCUUUUUAUGUCAAUAUGUCGUGGCUUCAGCUGCUUAGGCUAUUAACAAUUUUUCAGAUUUUGGACUUGAGUAGAAAAUAGUGGGGUUGGUGGUUUUGUUAUAUAUUUGUCUUACAGAUCUACCAAAUAUAGCAAGUACAUAUCUCAUAAGGUUUGAGAAUAGAAAAACUAGGUUUGGCUAAUCAAUGUAUGUCAAAUAUCUUUACAUUUAUAAUAAAUGUAUAAUAAAUGAUUGAUAACUUUGAUGGAUGGAGAUUAUAAACCAGGACAGGAACUCUAUCCAUAAAGACAGAACCUAUAUUGUGUUUGUUUUAUAUUGGCAUAGAAUGUUGUAGGUAAAAUUGCAGUUUUUUUCCUAUGGUAUCUUUUAGUUUGCCAAGCCAAAGAAUAAUG